AUGCCACAACGCUGUCAACAACCUUGUUGCCGAAAAGGAGCUUCAUUUGGUCCAAAAGAUUCAAAAACUCCACGCUAUUGUGCUACGCAUAAACUAGUUGAUUAUGUCAACGUAAAGACACAGUGUCAAGAAGAUGGUUGUUACAAGUUUUCUCAUUUCGGUUUCCCUGGGUCAACAGCAACUUCAUGCGUCACUCAUAUGAAAGAAGGGAUGAUUCCCUUAAGGGUCAGAAAAUGUUUAGAGCCUGAAUGUACUACACGUGCGGUUUUUAAUGUUAUUGGCUCGGAUAAGGGCAAAUUCUGCGCUAAACACAAAAAACCAGAAAUGAUUGAUAUCCAAACUAAACUUUGUAAAUACCCGGGUUGUCAAAAAAAGGCACUCUUUGCUGUAGUGGGGUCAUCACGGACUUUCUGUGGUCAGCAUAAGCAGGCUGGCAUGAUUAACAUUGCAAGCAGAAAGUGCGCACACUCAGAUUGUUAUACUCGUCCUUAUUUUAAUGUCCCAGGAAAAACACAAGGCCAAUACUGCGCUAGACACAAAACAGCUGAUAUGGUUAAUGUAGUAAAUCGUCGGUGUGAGAAAGCUGGUUGCAUGACCAUACCAACUUUUAAUCUUUUUGGAGAAAAAAGUGCACGUUUCUGUGAAGCUCACCGAAACCCUGGAAUGGUCAAUGUUGUUGGCCCAAAGUGUAAUAAUAUUAGUUGCCAAAAAAGAGCGCUAUAUGGAAUACCUGGCUAUAAAAUGUCACGAUGCUUCACACAUAAAGAUAAAGGUAUGAUAGUGCAAUCUUCACGUUUAUGCAUGAUUUCAGAUUGUAAAAAGCCUGCUACUCAUGGAAUUUCUAAUCCAACUAGUUGCGAAGAGCACUCUACAGAUGACAUGCUUGACCUAGUCCAAAAAACAUGUUCCAAUUGCGGUUUACCUAACAUUCUUUUACAGGAUAAUAAGUGCGCUGAAUGUAGCACUUAUGCUGAAGUAAAAGUAAGAGUACGUUUGGCGAAACAAUUUCGGGUGAAGUAUAUUCUAGAUGAAAACAAUAUUGUGUAUGAAGCUUAUGAUUCCAUUGUAGGAGAUGAGGGAUGUUCAAAAAAGCGCCCUGACUUUGUUAUUGAUGCAGGCACACAUAAAGUUAUACUGGAAGUGGAUGAGUAUCAACACAAGAAAGGGGAAUAUAACUGUGAGGUAAAAAGAAUGUGGGUCAUUGCACAAGCACUUGGUAUUCCCACUCUGUUUAUUCGUUAUAAUCCAGAUAGUUAUAAAACCUCCAACGGAAUUACAAGGGAUAGUAACGACAAAGAGAGAAAACAAGAAUUGUUAACGUGCUUGCGCGAUGCAAUAAAGUCUCCGCCUGCUGAAGAAUCACAAUUCCUUCGAGUUAUCUACUUAUUUUAUGAUGAAUAUGACAGCACUAAAUACAAGAUAACGACUAUACCAGAAGUUUGGUUCAAGAAUGAAAUACAUGCUUAA